AUGUCAAUCUGGCUUCAACUUCUGGUUCUGGAACCGUCGUCGCCAUUUCUUCGCAACAUUUAUUUUGAUACGCUAUUUUGUUAUGAUUUGUUAGAAUGUAAUUAUCAAAAAAUACCUAAGUGUCCUUACUUUGGGAUUUGUUACUCCAUGUAUUGCUAUGGAUUCUGCCAAGCAGAAGGUGAAGACCGAUGUGGAUAGACAAUUCGAAGAAGAUUUAGAGAGAGCUCGAGCACUUAGUUUAGAAAGUCUUGCUUUGGAAAAAUUUAAGAAAUGCAAACAGCAGAAGGAACUAGAAAGGCUACAUGAUAGUCAAAAGCUAUUUCGUCACAAUGUAUCUGUAUCUACAACGCGUUCAGAAGUCCACGAGAGAAAACUGUCUGCACCUCAAACUUCUAACAAUAACAUUGUUCAUGAACGACUUGAAUUAAAAUCCAGACCAAGACCUGGCUCUUUCAAUCCUGGAGCUGCAAAACUCACACCAAUUCUAGCACCACCCCCGACAACAAGACGUGUAUCAGUAACUACAACCGAAAGUGCUAAGGAUCUAAUCUCGUUUAACAGCCCAGAAUAUAAUGAACAAUCUUUAUAUCCAGAUUUAGAUGACCUAUAUGGAUCACUUUCAAGACAAAGCAGCAGUAAUGAUGAAUCUUUAUCAAAUGACCCAAAAGAGGUUUUUUUAUCUUCAACACCACGUUUGAGUCGCAGUAAUAGCAGUGUUAGUAACUUCGGGCCUCAAAGACAUUUUUGUCAUGACAGCUCACCUCCCACAAUUCCUACUCUUUCUCACUCUCAGAGUGACAGUUUGGCCAUGAGGAGUGUCCAGUUUCCAGGAUUUAAUCAUCUGAAUGUCUCAAAUAUGUCUAAUUUGUCAAACAUAUCCAGCUUUUCCAAUACUUCAUCCAUUCCUUUUUCUUCAAGUCUGUUAUCAACAUCAGCACCAUUUUUGGGAUCAGCCAUCCAACCUUAUAGCCCUGCUCAAGGAAUGGAUCCUUUGAAAGCAAGCAGCUCCCUGACACCCUAUGGUGCAUUGUCCUCAGUUCCGCCAUCUAUACCUUUUCGCUCCUACCGUGUGCCAGCAAAUGGCUCGUCUGACUCUGCAUCUAGCUCUGCAGGUUUAUCUGCCCAUCCUUCAACCCCAUUUCCUGCAAUCACACAAAGUGGUGAGCCUGCUCUCCAUGGAGGACUGGAAGUGCUCAAAGUUGUAGAGAAGAAGGAUAACAGCAAUUUGAUAGACCUAUCGCUGUUUGAUGGAGCAGAUGAGACUAAUCAUAGAUUCCAAGGGCUCUACGGCAGUAACAGUGGUACUACUGUACGAACUAGCGUUUUAGAAGCAUUUGAUCCCCUUCUUACAUCUCAAGGCGCAUCUUGCCCAGAUACUAUUGAAGAACAGAGUGAAAAAGAUGAAACAACAUCUCAGUGCUCUGGCAGCCUAUAUGACCCCUAUGACCCAUUUGACUUUAUGUAUGCUCCCUCAGAGGGGUCACAGUCUGAUCCUGUUUAUGCAGCUGUUGUUAAAAAGAAGGAAACCUCAGAUGCUGAUUCAGUUUCUCCUACUAAAACAGGCCCACCGCCAUUGCCACCUCGAAACUAUGCUGCUAAGAAGGCUGAAGAGAAAAAACAAAAUAGGCAUAAAAGUUUUCUUCAUGAAGAUAUUUCAGAAACAACAUGUAACACGUCAUAUAUAAAUAGUGACUUACGUGCAUAUCAUUCUAUGGUACUUUCACUUCGAGCUGAGCAUUCUUAUGAUGACUUGUAUACAAAUGCAGGUCUAGUCACAAGCUCCACUAUCGAAAGUCAUUACUCGGAAGGAACAAGCAUAAAGUUGGUUGUUCAUUCUGUCAAUGGGAAAAACUCCCAACCAGUAAUAUUUACUUGUGAUGUGGAUUCAACUGUAGAAAUAGUCAUACUACAUGUCAUGUGUGCACUGGAAGGUGAUAUGUCUGGUGAGGCCAGUGAUUAUGUGUUACGAGUGUGGGGCUUAGCUGAGUACCUCACUCUAAAUACCUCUUUGUCUGAUUAUGAAUAUGUGCACAAUUGCAUUAAGCUAGAUGAAGAUGUCACACUUGCCAUAAUGCACAUAGAUGAAGUCAGUCAUCCACUGGCUCGCACACUCCAAGAUGAUAAUAGAGAUAAAUCUCUGACUCUUGAAAAUCUCCUACCAAAUGAACCUGUCACCCCAAUCUCCUAUGAGUCACUUCUAAUAUUACUUGAGACAUUAGAACGUGAAAUGAAUAGAUUGCAACAUUCAUCUGAGCAAGCAAAAGGCAAUGGGGGUGUGCAAGAGAGAGGUGUUGUCCAGGCUGUGAAAGCUGUUUGUGCUCUUCUUGGAAACGUUGAAACAUCAGAAAUCACAGAAGCUGUUGAAGGUUUAGUGCACCAAUGCAAAAGCCGCAUUUUACCCCAAUCAUCUCCAGUGCAAUUAGAUGCUGAAAGCCCAUACCGAACAGAGAUUGGUGGAGAUGAUGGAUAUUACUCAGUUGUCACCUUGCGGCGAAAAUCAAAUAAUGCUUCAGAAAACAACAUUGAGAGACAUUUUUCAGAUAUGAUAUCCAGCCAUUGCGAAAAAAUUCGAGAUGCUGUCCAGCAUUUAAUUGAAACAUACUGCCAGGCCUUUAGAGUAAAUUUUCAACUUGUCUCACAACCUAUCACUACUGCAGACACUCGAUGUUUAUCAACUGUUAAUGACUGUGUGCUUGUUCACAUUGAUGGACUGCAUCGACUCCAGACUUCUUGGGACCAUGAUGAGUACCUUAUAGCAGGGCAGGUGUACCAUGGUACAAGACCUAUUGGUCAUACUGUACUGUCUCGUCCUCUUGCAGUUCAAAACAGCUACUACAAACGUGUUCUGUUUGACUCAUGGCUAAAUUUUGAUUCUUUGAGUGUAAACAUGUUGCCCCGUGAGGCUCGAUUAGUGCUGGUUCUUUAUGGUCGGUCUAUUACUAAAUCUGGUGACAAUGAUCAUGAUGUUACUGAUGGAUCACAGCAGAUGAGUGAAGUGGAGUUAGGCUGGGCUUCAUUACAGUUCUUCAACUAUGAUGGGAUUUUAACUCAAGGCAAUUUUUUGUUGUCAUUGUGGCCACCUGGGGCUGAUAAGCGACUUGGUCCGUCUCCGCUUCCUGGUUCUCAGCCCCACAGUGAUGUUCAUCCUGUACUUGGUGUAGAACUGCCUGACUAUGGAGGCACUGUAAUGUUCCCCAAUGGAGGCAGUAGUGAAACUGUGAUAACUGCUCCUACUUAUGAUUUUGAAAGUCUUGACCAUAAUACUCAGCAACAGCUACUUGACAUCAUUGACCAAGAUACCUUCACCAGACCUCUUCCAGAGGAUCGUGAGGUUUUGUGGGAGAAGCGCCACUACCUUCAUCAUAAACCAGAAGCUCUAGCCAAAGUAAUUUUGGCUGCACAUGAUUGGGACUAUUUAUCCUCAUCGAAAAUGCAUGCCCUUAUACGUUCAUGGACUCCCAUGGAGCCGGUACAGGCUUUGCAGCUUCUCCUUCCAUGUUACCCUGACGGAGAGGUUCGCAAAAUGGCAGUUUCAUGGAUUCAAGGAAUAGGACGUGAUGAAAUCAUUGACUACUUGCCGCAGCUUGUACAAGCCUUAAAGCAUGAAACUUAUGACUCCUCUCCUUUGGCUGCUUUUCUACUGAGGAGAGCCCUGUGUUCCCCCCGCGUUGCACACCAUUUGUACUGGUUGUUGACACAAAGUUUACCUGGGCAGUGCCCACAGAACUCCUCUGAAACUACUGGAGCUGAUGAUGUAAGUGUUUGUGAAGCUCGGUAUCAUAGACGAUUUCAGUUAAUGUUAAGAGCUCUACUCUCAAUAUCAGGAGAGGCGCUUCGUCAAAGAUUCCUCUCACAACAAAUGCUUGUCAAGGGUCUUUUAGAUGUGGCUCAGUCAGUGAAAACUACUAAGGAGUCCUUGCGUCUCCAAACACUUGCUCGUGACUUGGAGUGGGUUCAUAGAUCCCUGAAUGAAGCAUCCUCCCCAACAUGCUUACCUCUAAGUCCAGCUCUGGAAGUCUCAGGCAUCCAAGUUAGGACAUCAUCCUAUUUCCCUUCUAACACACUUCCUUUAAAAAUAAAUUUUAUUGGUUCAAGCUCAAGAAUUAUUCCAGCCAUUUUUAAGGUUGGUGAUGACCUACAACAAGACAUGUUGACCAUACAAAUGAUUCGUAUAAUGGAUAAGUUGUGGCUUAAAGAAGGUCUGGAUUUGAAGAUGGUAACCUUCACAUGUGUCCCAACUGGUCAUAUGAGAGGAAUGAUUGAAAUGGUCCAACAAGCAGAAACUCUCAGAAAAAUUCAAGUUGAACUUGGUCUUACUGGGUCUUUUAAAGACAGACCAAUUGCAGAGUGGUUGGCUAAACACAAUCCUUCAGCUCUCGAAUAUGAACGGGCAGUUAGCAACUUUACAGCAUCAUGUGCUGGAUAUAGUGUUGCGACAUAUAUUCUUGGGAUAUGUGAUAGACAUAAUGAUAACAUUAUGUUGAAAACUUCAGGCCACCUCUUUCACAUUGACUUUGGUAAAUUCCUGGGAGAUGCGCAAAUGUUUGGCAAUUUUAAACGGGACCGAACUCCAUUUGUUCUCACCUCAGAUAUGGCUUAUGUCAUUAAUGGUGGUGAUAAGCCCUCAGCCAAGUUCCAUAAUUUUGUUGAUUUAUGUUGUCAAGCAUUCAACAUUGUGCGGAAACAUGGGAAUCUUAUUUUAAAUAUGUUUGGCCUUAUGGCUUCAUCAGGUAUACCAGGAGUGACCAUGGAUGCUGUUCAAUAUGUUCAACGUGCUCUUCUUCCUGACCAAACAAACCCUGAGGCUGCUGCGUACUUUGCUCGUAUGAUCCAGAGCUCCUUAAAAAGUUGGUUUACACAAUUCAACUUUUUUCUACACAAUCUUUCCCAGUUAAGAUUUACUGGUGAUCACAAUGAUGGAGAACUUCUUAGUUUUAUACCUAAAACCUACACGAUGCAGCAGGAAGGCCGUCUCAAAAGUGUGGCUGUAUACGGGUGUCAAAAACGUUAUGAUCCAGAAAAAUACUAUCUUUAUAUCCUUCGUGUUGAGAGAGCAAAUCAGCCUGAUCCAACCUUCCUCUUCCGGUCGUACAAGGAAUUUUGUGAAUUACAACAGAAGCUAUGCAUCCACUUUCCUUUAGCAAAAUGUCACAGCCUUACAAGUGGUCUGCAUAUGGGAAGAUCUAACAUCAAGCAAGUUGCUGACAAAAGGCGCCUUGACAUUGAAAGAUUUCUAGUCUCUCUUUUUCGAAUGGCUGAUGAAAUAUCUCAUUCAGACCUUGUUUAUACAUUUUUCCAUCCUCUUUUGAGAGAUCAACAAGAAGUCAGUGUGGCUAAUAUCCAUACUUCAAAAUACAAAGAGAAGAAAGCAUCUCGCCCACAAGGGCUAGAAGCUCAUCGUCUGAAGGGUCAAUUAAAACUUUCUAUACAAUAUCAACGAGGAACAUUAAUGGUUAUGGUACAUCAUGCUAGGGAACUGCCAUUUUUAGCUGGAAGUCAAGAGCCUUCAGCUUAUGUCAAGGUGUAUUUGCUACCGGAUCCUUCUAAGGCAACUAAAAGAAAAACAAAAGUUGUCCGUCGAAAUUGUCAUCCUACUUUUAUGGAAAUGAUUGAAUAUCGAAUGCCAUUAGAUGUUAUCUGUCACCGUACCUUACAAGCUACUGUUUGGAAUCAUGAUACAUUACAAGAAAAUGAAUUCCUUGGAGGUAUUUCACUUCCUCUGGUGUCUUGUGAUCUCUCAAAAGAAACAGUUGAAUGGUAUUCUCUUGGCAACGUUUGCAGAUGACAUCUUUAAAUCUUAGAUAGAGCACAAUGUUUGUGAUUAUAUUUGCUCUGUGCUCUGUGAUAAAGUCUUUGGUAAUUUUAAUUUUCUGUUGUUCUGUCUUACAUAACAAAGUCAAGAUGCAUUCUGCACAGAGGUCUUUUACCAAAUUAAGAAAUUAGUCCUAUGAAUUGUAAUGUACUUUGUGCUCCGCUUGGACUCCACCCCUGUGGGUCCUUUAUGUUAAUAUCAAGUUUUGCCUAUUAUUAAUUCUCUUUUAAAUCCCAAGCUAAUCUUUUGAGCUUAGCAAAUCAUAAUUUAGCACCCAGAGUGCAGUAAAGGAUUAUCCCGUGGAUAUGAGGUUGGUUUUAGAUUCAGUGUAUAGGUAGAUACUACUUUUACAUGUCUUUUUGAUUUCAUUUGCCUGCUUUAUGAUUGGUGGAUGGUUAUCCUGUGGAUGAAAAAACCUAUAUCCUGAUGCAUGUAUUGUAUAUUUUUAUUACAAAGAUGAUUUUGAAAUCUUUAUAUGAUAUUUGAAAUGAAUUUUGAUAGCAACUUUUUGAUGCAUAUACUUUGUUGGUGUUGUUUUAAUGAUUGGUAUGCUCGUGGCACAAUAAGUAUUCCAGACUGCUCUUGGCACAAUUCCUGACUGAACAAACACUGUUGCUGUGAUGAAAAAUAAUAUUUUUUUAAACUUACGGUAGAUGGAAUGGUUUUGUUUGCUCUCGCCUCUUCUAAAAAGAAAUACUAAAAACUUACCUUUCCAUCUAACUGAAACAGCUAUGGUCAGAUCACUUGUUAAAUCUUACAAGAUCUGUGCUAGAUACUGAGAACAACUUUUGUGAUUUAGUGAUGUGUUUGAUUGGUGCAUUUUGUGGUAUGUAUUUGAUAAAUUUACUGUUGCUCUGAUAUAAUAGAUAUAUUUUUCUUCUGUGUGAUGAACUUGUUUUAAUUAAUGUGUACAUUUGCUUGCCAAGUCAGCUAGACAAAACAAUAAUAUUCAGCUACCUUAUUUUUACUGAACGUGUAGUAUUUAUAACACUACUUUGGCAGCUCUAUGUAAACUGUCAUUCAUCUUUUGUUUAGCUCCUGUCUGAAACAUUUUCAGAAAAGCUGUCUGUAUUUUUAUGAUCAUAAGGUCUUAACAGUGUAUUCACUUUAAUUAUGUCCUUAGCAAAAUACUCAUUGAUUUACGGUAUGUUGUUUAUGCAUUAAUUUUAAGUUAUCCUUCUUUUUCUUUUUUUUUGUAAUCAUUUUCAUGUAGUUUUGUUGUAAUUUUUGUUGGUUUUAAUUUUGUGUAACAGCAAUCUUUUAUUAUUUCUAUUAGAUGUAUUAUCUUAAACUCUUGUGUAUUUGUUAAAUAAUCCAUCUAUUAAUCAUUGUUUUGUGUUAUAGUCUGUUUAUGAUAGACCAAUUCUGAAUGUAUGUGGUCAAAAUGUGAUUUUACAUGUAGUCAGUAUGACCAUAAGAUAUUGUUGGAAAGAUGAAAUGUCCCAAGGGGUGAAAUUUGAACUGUGGUAUCAUUUUUUACACUGCCAUUUUCUUUUUUAAGAGUCAUUCCGUUUUAAAUAAUCUAAUUAUUUAUGGCUGGGCACUUGAAUGGUUGAGUUGUGUUCAUGGACUUCUGUAACUGUUCCGUAUUCAUUAUUCUAACUCUUUUAAAAUGUCAGUCUGGAAUAAAGUUCCGGCUCGUGGACUUAAGACUGGAAUAGCAUUUAAUUCCACGCUAAGUAAAACAUUCCAAACACUGCUCA